UUUUGAGCAUUUUUUUCACCUGUUAAAUUUACAGGAUAAUUAUUCCUGUUAGUAAUCUCUCGUACAAUAUUUUUAAUUGUGUUAUGCUUUUUGUUUUUAAUCGUUUGUUUAGUAUUUAGUUUUAUUAAAUUUUAAUGAAUAAUCCGGAAAAGGACAAAACGUCGUCCCCACAGCGCCAUGGGCAAACACAAUCUCAACAGACUCAAGUUGGAUCCAACGAUCAAGAAAAUUUACAACAAUUUAGUAUCCUGUUGACUCCAGCUUACGCUGCAUUUUCUCAAAUUAUUGAUGGAUUAUUUCUCACUGGAGUUGGUGGCAUGACAUUUGAUAAUUUUCGCAAAAACAAAAUCACCAAUAUUAUCAACUGCACACGUGAAGCACCUAAUUGGCGUCUACCCGGAGUUGAAUGUUUUCGAAUUGCCGUUGAUGACUCGCCGACUGAGGAUUUAUUAUCACAUCUGGAUAGUGCAACUGAUAAAAUAUACUCAAUUCUUUCUAAUGGAGGUCGAGCUGUGGUGCACUGUGUGGCUGGUGUUUCCCGCUCUGCAUCUCUCGUUAUCGCCUAUUUAAUAAAGUACAAAAAAAUGACCCUCCAUGAUGCUUAUAACCAUGUCCAAUCUCGACGUCGAGUUAUAAGACCAAACAAUGGAUUUUUCAAACAAUUGAUUACAUUUGAGAAAAAAAUCUUAGGCAGCAAUAGUGUCAAAAUGGUGACUCUUCUGAGAGAUGACGUUCAAAUAGAAAUUCCUGACUUUUUUGAAAAAGAACAUAAAAGAUUUGUUAUUCUUGAAACGCUCAAAGUCAAAGCUGCUAAUCUUAGAACGGCACAGUCGGCUACUCCAUCUACUAUGGCUUCUACUUCUGAAAAUUCUAACUCAAUUGUUACAAAUGAAUCAUCAACGCCUCAAAAUUCAGCCCAAAGUUCAAAAGAAUCUCCAACUAUUAACUCAUCAUCUACAGUUUCACCUGAAGAGGAAAAAAAACUCACCGAUUCAUCAUUAGAUCAUAUUUCUAAAGAAUAAUAGAGUCAUAAUUUGCUCUCAUAAUUUUAGACACACUCAACAAAUUUUAUUCUGGUUAAGAUUGACGAUCUGAAUCAAGACUGCUUUUCUAACACAUUUGCAAGCAUUUUGGACAAAUUACCACGAUUCUUUCCUCGAAUCGACUCGAUUCUAUUUCAUAAUUUAUUGUGAUAAAUGCACGCCUUAGUGAAAACCAAAACUAGAAUCAUUGUAUUUCACCUAUAUUUCAUUAGAUACGAACAAAUUCAAAAAUCGCUGAUUAUUGGUUGUUACAUUGUAAUUUGUCAUUGGGUAAGAAAUAAGCCCAAUACGGAAUUGGAAUGCAAUUGGUCAGUAUCUGCAAAACAUGAAUGCAAGUAUUUCAAUUAAUAAAGAUUAAAUUUUAAAAAGUCUCCGUUC